CAAAAAAAUAGGCAAAGAUGUGAUAUUAUAGGCUCACUUUUAAGCAUAUUUCAGUACUCUCUGGCUCUGCUGUCCACAUAUGUGUCAGCUGCAUUUACAUGUGUUUAACAUUCAUUGGUUGCCAACCAUGUGAAUGCAAAGCAGGUUUUCAAUUUACAGGACACGCCUCCAAUCAAGACAUCUACAUCGUGCAAUUAGGCGGUGUAGCGUUAGGUUGCAGUGAAAACCUGCAGGCUGGUGGUUCAUGUGUUUCACUUUUUUUUAUUAUAUAUAUUGGCCCGCAGUGGCACAUAAUAGUAGAGUCGAGGCUGGUGUGUAACCCUGCCCUUCCUCAUUCCUCGCUCCUCCGCGGGACCCUCCUGUUGACACAUACGUCUUGUGCAGUAAUGAAUGGACGUGGUGAGGCGGACUCCACACGCAGAGGCAGGGCUCAUUUUACACCACCGAGUUCCGCAUCUGGGCCUUGUCAACUGCCGGGUAGAGACUGCUGUGUGUGCUCUGCUAACCUCGCUGCUACGAUGAGAUGUCGAUGAGAGCAGCAGAAGCGAGCAGGCAGGCAGGGCCCCACCGCAUUUCCUCUCCACAACUAUCGCAAAUCCCGCCCCUACCGGAUGUGAUGUGUAAGAAAUCACCGUCGCUGAUUGGCUCUUGCCCCCGUCCGUCAGCGCUUAUUCCUGACACACUGAUGGGAUGCUGUCGGCGGUGGGCGGGCGCAGCUAAGAAAAUUAUAAGGUCAUUUGAAUUACGUUUGCUAGCGAGCUUAUCCGGUACAAUGAACCCAGAAAUGAUAUCAAUGAUUGUGACAAUGAACGGAUCAUGAUCGCGGGGUCAAAGUCGACGCGCACAGCCAGGAGAAUCUGACUCCCUGAAACCACCGGAGGAGGAGAGAGAGGAGCAGCGGGUCGGUGUGGUAUUAACAGCAGGAGGGGAUCCCGGUGCGUGUGUCUGUCUCUCUUUCUGUGUGUGCUGUUUCUGUGAGCCUCUGUCAAGCCACAAGCGAGCGGCGGUGAGAAGCGGAGGGCGACCAGGCGAGCACAUUAUAAGCCGAUCAAGGUGGAAACGCACACAGCGAGCUUCACGUCUGGGAUUUCUGCGCAGCUACAUAUGCGGUGACUGCGUGAACCAAGUGCAAGGAUGCUGCGUCUAUCGUGUUGCACUGCCCUGCUGUUUGUGUUGAGGCUGCUGGUGGGCUUGCCUUGGUACCAGGUUCUCCCGGCCAUCCUGAUCUUCUACCUGGGAAGCGGAGGAUGGAGUUUCCUACAGAUUUUCGCCAAAACAGUUGGCAGAGACUUACAUGCGGCGGUAGUGUUAUUGAGGGUAAAAAUGAACGUCAGACGCCACCUCAAAGAAAAGAACACUAUUCCGAAGAUCUUCGCUGAAACAGUCCGCCGCCACGGGGACAAAACAGCACUGAUCUUCGAAGGGACUGGGGAGAGAUGGACCUUCCACCAGUUAGAUGAAUACUCCAACAAAGUGGCUAACCUGUUGCUCCAGCGAGGUUUCAAGGAGGGUGACGUGGUGGCCCUUUUCAUGGAGAACAGGUCCCAGUAUGUGGGCCUGUGGCUGGGCAUGGCCAAGAUCGGAAUAGAAGCCGCUCUCAUCAACUUCAAUUUGAGACUUGAGGCCUUGGUCCACUGUGUCACCAUCUCCAAUGCCAAGGCUGUGGUGUUUGGGUCAGAGCUGACUGAUGCGAUGACCGAGAUCCACAGCUCAAUGGGAAAGUCAGUGCAGCUGUUUUGCUCCGGAGACUGGGACGCCAAACGUGUCCCACAGGGAACCGAGUGCCUCGAGCCCCUGCUGGCUGCCGCCCCGUCUCACCUGCCCAGCCGGCCGCAACGCUGCUUCACAGAUCGCCUGUUCUACAUCUACACGUCAGGAACCACUGGGAUGCCUAAAGCUGCUAUCGUUGUGCACAGCAGAUACUACCGCAUGGCAGCUUUGGUGUAUUAUGGCUUCAGGAUGACAUCAGAUGACGUGUUGUAUGAUUGCCUUCCGCUCUACCACUCAGCAGGUAACAUUGUGGGAGUGGGCCAGUGUAUAAUACACGGCAUGACUGUAGUCAUCAGAAAGAAGUUCUCCGCCUCUCGUUUCUGGGACGACUGUGUCAAAUACAACUGCACGAUUGUGCAAUACAUUGGUGAGAUCUGCCGGUACUUGCUGAACCAGCCAAUUCGGGACAUGGAGAAGCAGCAUCGGGUGCGCAUGGCACUGGGCAACGGCCUGCGUCAGUCCAUAUGGGAGGAGUUCAUGAACCGCUUCAAUAUCCCACAGAUCGCAGAGUUCUACGGAGCCACAGAGUGCAACUGCAGCCUGGGCAACUUCGAUAACAAGGUUGGAGCGUGUGGCUUCAACAGUCAGAUUCUACCCUUCAUCUACCCCAUCAGACUGGUGAGGGUCGAUGAAGAGACCAUGGAGCUCAUUAGAGGACCUGAUGGCGUCUGCAUUCCCUGUAAACCUGGCGAGCCUGGCCAGCUAGUCGGCAGGAUCAUUCAGAAUGACCCUCUUCGGAGGUUUGACGGCUAUGUCAACCAAACAGCGACCAACAAGAAGAUUGCCCAAAGUGUCUUUAAGAAGGGAGACAGUGCCUAUCUCUCUGGUGAUGUGUUGGUCAUGGAUGAAUGCGGCCACAUGUACUUCAAGGACCGGACAGGUGACACUUUCCGCUGGAAAGGAGAGAACGUCUCAACCACUGAGGUGGAGGGGACUCUCAGCAGGCUGCUUGACAUGAAAGAUGUAGUUGUAUAUGGAGUAGAAGUACCAGGAGCAGAGGGAAAAGCCGGAAUGGCAGCCAUCGCUGAUCCGUCUCACUCCACUGACCUGGAGAAGUUUGUGAAGGACAUGGACAAGGCCCUCCCUCCGUACGCCAAACCUGUCUUCCUCCGUUUCCUUCAGGAGGUCAACAAGACAGGAACGUUCAAAUUUCAGAAGACGGACUUGCGUCGGGACGGCUUUGACCCCACCGUGGUGUCAGACAGACUGUACUUCCUGGAUUCCAGCAGAGCACGUUACGUGCCGGUGGACGAGGAGCUUUACCGCUCCAUACUGUCAGGGAAACACAAAUUGUGAUGACCAGGCUGACCACUACAUCUACACACGUACAUGCAGACACUCACUCACACACACACACACACACACACACACACACACACACACACACACACACACACACACACACAAGCGCACACACAUACAGAUACAGAAAAGAAGACAAUAUUGUGCGACCAGGAUAGCAGACUGCAGGACCCUGUCCCCAUAUACACAAAUAAAUACAUAAAAAGUAAUAGCCAUACACACUCCGUGCACCCUGACUCAAAUGCCAACACAUUUAUACACACACACACACACACACACACACACACGUACACAUUGUAUUCCCAAAACCACUUUGCUCUUUGAUCCCUAAAACCAGACUUAUGCACGCCACAAACAUACACACACCGCACCACUCCAUCCAUCCCUCCCGAAAUCUCCCCGGCAACUCCUCUCGCUACCUCAGCAAACACAGAGAGAGGCACAAACCCAGUAACCAGGUCUGUUUGAUAACUUGAAACCACUCGUCAUGGCCGCAUAACCCCCUGCACACACAGCUGUCAAACAGCCCCGCCUGUCCGUACUGGUCCAUCAAACCAGAUGUUUUGCUGGAGGGGUGGGGAAGGGGGUGCACCACCACUGGGAGGGAUGAGGAAUGCAGGCUGCCUGGCAUCCAGAAUGCAAAAACAUGAAACUAUGGAUGACCAUAAACUUGAUGGAUGCUUAAGAGGAACAUGGAUCAGUGUGUGGGACAUUUGAGGGACCUAUGAGGACCUAAACUGUCUCUCUGUUCAUUUGUUUUGCAAAGAGCCUGGAGUCUCUACUGUUCGACUUCACCUGCACAAUUAGCCAGCAGCGACAAAUAUAUGUGACAGCUACAUCUUUUCUCUACCCAAGGUCUACUUGACCUCUCUGGUCUCCUAGUCUUCAUUUCCACUCCUCUGGCUCUUUGCCACAAAGGGCUUGAGAUGAAAAUGAGGAAAGGUCACCAAGUUUUUUUUUCUUUUUGUUUGUUUGUGUGUUUUUUUUUUUUUUUUAAGGGAACAAUGUAAGGAUGUGAGGGAUUUUGGAAAGCCUUUGACAUGUAAAAGUUAAAUUAGACCAGUGGUUGAAGAUGUACUUUAAGUGCAAUAGGGCUCCAGCGUUUGCAGUGCAAUAAUCAGCCACACCACACGAGAGCUGAUAUAAAACAAAGCUUUGUAUUUAAAUAUGUCUGCAUCACACCAAAUAUAUUUAAGUUGUAGUGCUUGUUUACAUAUUUAAGAGAAGUCUUAGUUAUUUAUGUCAUUGUUGUAAGCUUUCUUUUUUUUUUUUGUUAUAGUGCAAAUGUAUCAGUUUUUUUUUCUGCUUUAUGUGUAUCCAAAUCUGUGCUAUCACAGCUCUUAGAGUCCUCAAAAAUGAAGUUGCAGCAUGCAUUUUAUAUCAGCUGCUAGAACACAAAGUAAUGUGAUCUGACUGAUUCAACCCUGGGCUAAAUACAUGGGGCUAUUUCCAUAAACACCGAGCUAAUGUGCAGCUUGGUUGUGUGGCUGUAUUGUGCAGGUUUUGUCCUAAAAGGUAGACUUCACCUAUAAUAGGGUAUGUGUGUGUGUGUAUUAUUCUGAAACAUAUGAAGAGGACUCGACUGAAGCAAAAGAAGCACCAGAUCACCUGAUUGAGCGAGGACUUUGUGUUUUCUGGUGCUAAAGAGGGAUGUUCCGCCGCGUUCAAGAGAGCCGAAAGAUCCAAAGAUUUAAAUGGUUGGAGUAGGGAAACUGGA